AUGGCCCCCCCAAGGAACGUGGUCAAGAUCGCCAUCCAGAUGCCGGGGGCCAUCCCGCAGCUCAUCCAGCUGGACCAGGCCAAGCCCCUGGCGGCAGUGUUGAAGGAGGUCUGCAGCGCCUGGAACUUGAAUGACCCCGAACACUACGCCCUGCAGUACGCUGAUGGCCAUCGGAAGUACAUCACUGAGAAUAACCGCUCAGAGAUCAAGAAUGGGAGCAUACUUUCCCUCAGCAUUGCUCCGGACAAAGAGGCGGGGAGACUCCUGAAUGCGCUGCAGAGUGGAAACAGGGAAGUGAAGCGGGAAGCUCUGAGCCGUCUGGCACUGCUGGCUCCUGAUCUGACUUUUGCGGGAGAAGUUAUUAACCGAGAUGGGCUUCAGCGCUUGGGGGCCAUCAUCGAAGAUGGAGAUGACCUAGGUGAGGUCCUGGCCCAUGGACUGAGGGCCUUCUCUGAGCUCAUGGAGCAUGGCGUGGUGUCCUGGGAAACACUCAGUAGCAACUUUGUCAAGAAGGUGGUAUCUUAUGUAAACAUGAACCUGAUGGAUGCCUCAGUGCCGCAGCUGGCGCUCGGCCUGCUGGAGAGCCUGGCCCUCAGCAGCCCACCCUUGGGCCAGCUGGUGAAGCAGGAGGUGCCCCUGGAAAGGCUGCUGGUGCAUCUGCAGGUGGUGAACCAGCCAUUGCAGACCAAAGCCAUGGCCUUGCUCACUGCCCUGCUGCAGAAUGCCAGCAUUGCUGAUCGACAGACCAUGCUGGAUUACUUAGGGCGGAGGAAUCUUCGCCAGUUCAUUUACAAGAACAUUAUUCACAGCCCCACACCUCUUGGGGAUGAGAUGGCCCAUCAUCUGUAUGUACUACAGGCACUCAUGCUGGGGCUCCUGGAGCCGCGGAUGCGUACACCAUUGGACCCUUAUGACCAGGAGCAGCGGGAGCAGCUGCAGGCCUUGCGCCAAGCAGCCUUCGAGCCAGACGGGGAGUCCCAGGGCAGUGGACUGAGUGCUGACCGUCGCCGAUCCCUCUGCGCCCGGGAGUUCCGAAAACUCGGUUUCUCUAACAGCAACCCUGCCCAGGACCUGGAGCGAGCCCCGCCAGGGCUGCUGGCCCUUGACAACAUGCUCUACUUUUCCAGCCACGCGCCCAAUGCCUACAGCCGGUUUGUGCUGGAGAACAGCAGUCGGGAGGACAGACACGAGUGUCCCUUUGCCCAGAGCAGCAUCCAGCUCACUCUGCUGCUGUGUGAGCUGUUGCGCAUUGGGGAGCCCUGCUCUGAGACAGCCCAGGACUUCUCUCCAAUGUUCUUUGGGCAAGACAACAGCUUCCAGGAGUUGUUCUGCGUCUGCAUUCAGUUGCUCAACAAGACGUGGAAGGAGAUGCGGGCCACCCAGGAGGACUUUGACAAAGUAAUGCAGGUGGUUCGGGAACAACUGACUCGGACCCUGGCACUGAAGCCAACCUCCCUAGAGCUGUUCAGGACCAAGGUGAACACCCUCAGCUACAGCGAAGUGCUGAGGCUCCGGCAGACCGAGAGAAUGCACCAGGAAGGCACCAUGGCCCGACCCAUCCUGGAGCUUCGGGAGAGGCUGAAGCCAGAGCUCUUGGGGCUGAUCCGUCAGCAGCGGCUGCUCCGGCUUUGUGAGGGGACACUCUUCCGUAAGAUCAGCAGCCGCCGGCGACAGGACAAGGUCUGGUUCUGCUGUUUGUCCCCUAACCACAAGAUGCUGCAAUAUGGGGACGUGGAGGAAGGAGCAACCCAACCCUCUCCAGAGAGCCUGCCUGACAAGCUCCCUGUGGCUGAGAUGAGGGCACUGCUGCUGGGCAAGGACUGUCCCCACGUUCGGGAGAAAGGCUCUGGGAAACAGAAUAAGGACGUCUGUGAACUUGCCUUCUCAGUCAGCUAUGAUGCUGGGGAAGAAGAGGCCUAUCUCAACUUCAUUGCCCCCUCUAAACGGGAGUUCUGCCUGUGGACCGACGGGCUCAGUGCCUUGCUAGGUGGGGCCAUGGGCAGCGAGCAGACGCGGAUGGAGCUGGAGCUGCUGUUGGCGAUGGAGACCAAGCUUCGGCUGCUGGAGUUGGAGAACGUGCCCAUCCCUGACCAGCCACCCCCUGUCCCCCCCCCACCUACUAACUACAACUUCUGCUACGACUGCAGCAUUGCUGAGCCUUAAGGUGGGGCUCAGAGGCUUGGGGAGGGGAGGGCUUCUACCUUCAAAUCAUUCUCAGGGAAGGGAAUGGGGCUCGCCUAUGCUGGGCCGCUCCAUUUUGGUCUCACCCACUUCCUGUUAAAUUAUUGGGAUACGGUGGAAUCUCACUUUUCCCCGCCUCCCCCUGCCUAGGAAAACAACUACCAUACCUGCUGCUAUUAGGGUGUAGGGAGGGGCAGCUGCACAACUGGACAACUGAUCAGGGUAGUCACUACUAAGAAAUAAAGCCUGCUCAAUUCCUCA